UUACACUGCCGACACCAAUUAGACGAUGCAGUCGUCGAUUGACAUUGUAAGCGAGAACAGCUGCAGCUGCUUUUAGCUCAAACAAAAUAUGUCGAUAGUGAAACUAAUCGUUAUUAUAACUGUAAUUGUGCCAAUAACCCAGGUGGUGGCGGGAAAUUAUUGUACGAAACGCGACGAACAUGGCAAUCAAGUUAGAUAUUGUUGCACCGGUAGCAAGGGCGAUGGCUGGAAUUGUGAGUUUAUCUGUGAUAAUGACUGUGAAAAUGGCACAUGUAUUGCUCCGCAGAGAUGUGUGUGUAACAAGGGUUUCAAAAACAGUGCUGGGCCACGAUCGUCGUGUGUGCCCAUAGAGUCGGUUCUACAGCCACGGAUAUGCAGCCAACACUGUCGCAAUGGCACAUGCGUGGAGGGUCUUUGCACCUGUGCACCGGGUUGGACGUUGCAAGCGUCGGCGAGUGGCGACAUUUGUAUACCACAGUGUGUGAAAACCGUUGGGAAUGUGACUCACGGCUGUAUUAACGGCUAUUGUGUUGCACCGGGUGCAUGUAUGUGUAACGAAGGCUACGAACUGUUGCCAAAUAAUGAAUUCGAAUGUACCAUUAACCCGGUGGCGAAUGAUCAUUAUUUAAAACGAAAGUUGGUGGAAAUUUGGAAAGACUAUUUCUGGCUUGUAAUUGGUGCCGCUGUGUUGCUUAUACUUUUGUUCGCCUGUUGCUGCAGAUUAUGCUGGAAAUGUUAUCUAAAUUUUGCAAAAGCUAAAAGUCACAAGGAUUCAAGAAAAGAUUGCAUCGAAGAAAACUGUCAACCAUUGGUUUAAAACAAAAAAAAA